UCGAUGAUGUAUCAUUCCCGUCGACGGAAGGCUCCGACAGCAGGCGAGCAGCAUGGCAAGUGCUAACGAUGGCUGUUGCGAUUACUAGCAGGAUCGCAAAGAGGAGACCCUUCCAGGGAACCAUCGUCGUUUCAGGAGAAGCAGCAGACUUCCAAGAAUGAAUCGCUCGUCCCACUGGAGGCCAUAAACAUUCUCUCGAUUACCAGAAAUCCUAAGUUUAGGAGGUCUUUUCAGAGUGUGUGGCUCCCCGAAGUUUGAAUUGUUCUGUUCCUGACGGGUGGUGGCAAUAUUUUACUUAGAAUAGGGAACAACAUUCGCUUUUGAAAGAUGAAUCAUGCAAUGGAACAUGAGUGGAACGAAAUGAUUUAGUCUUCCAAACCAUGCCACGUAACAUGAGCCGAACGCUUGCUCGGCAGCCGGUUAUAUUUGUUCGGUAUCGCCACUAUCGCUCGCUCAUUGCUUGCAUACGGCGGCAGAGGGCGAUGGCCGCACACCAUUGCCGCAAUUCUUGUGAGACAGCGGCUGAAACCCUAGAAUGGAUGAACGCCAUCGCUGAUUUCAUCCGCCCCUACAAGCCCCUCCUCGACGCCCACGUCGUCAAUUUCUUCAAGGAUAGGUUGUGGGAGUUGGUGGACGACCAGUGGAUGGAUUGCCUCCGGAAAGAAUCUGUGGAGGCUCUCUUGAAGUUGCCGUCUGGUUCUGCUCAGGAAUACUGGCCCGAUUCACUUAAACAAUUUCUGUGCAACUUAAGGUUCCUCGUCCUUCCGCGGGAGCGAGAAUUGAUGCACCAGAUGUUACCUAAUUUGCAUGUAGCUUCACUGGGUACUGUUCUUGCUCAAGGCAUGAAUUUGAAGAAAAAGCAUGAAGUGGAGAUACUUGCUGCAGUUGUCAGUUGGAUGGCACAUGAUUCUGGAGCAGAAACAAUUAUUGAUGUUGGUUCUGGUCAGGGUUAUCUUGCUCAAGCGCUAUCGUUUCAAUAUCAACAUCCUGUCAUAGCAAUUGAUGCUUCUUUGCACCAUGCAAAUGUUACAAAUGCCCGGGCAGAGAGAAUUAAAAAGCAUUAUGCAGCUAAAAAUUCAGCAAGCCCACAUCUCAAAGUGCCUCGGACCAUCACUUGCAAUAUUCUCUCAAGUGAAGCACUAACAGAUUUAAGUAUCACUUCUUUAUGUGAGGACAAUACUGAAGAAUCAACGGGACGUGGUAAUAAAUCUGAAUUUGGUGACUCUGAAAGUUCAAAGCCAAGUGUUGCUAAAGCAAUUAAUUUAUAUAAUAAACAACAGCACAGUAGUGCCUUUUUCGUUCUUGCCGGACUCCAUGCUUGUGGUGACCUCUCAGUGAACAUGCUUAGGUCCUUUGUCGGCUGCGAACAUGUUAGAGCUUUAAUUGGCAUUGGUUGUUGUUACAACUUACUUUCUGAAGACUGUUUAGAGAAGACUGACAACUCAUGUGGCUUCCCAAUCAGUAAUGCUGCUAAACUGUCUAGUCUAGUCCUUGGAAAAAAUGCGCGUGAUCUUGCUUGUCAGAGUGCUGAAAGAUGGCGAAUUCUUACUGCAGAUGCCGCCCUUCAAAAUUUUGAUGUACAUGCCUUUCGUGCUGCCUUUCAACUGGUUUUGGACAAAUACUUUCCAGAAAUUUUAGUGUCAAGUCCAUCAAUUGGUCGACAAGGGAAAGCUCUACGACGCCAACAGUGUAGGAGACUUAGAGAAUCUGAACUGUGCUGUAAAGAUGACAGGUGUAGCUUUUUUGAAGUAUCAGGAAAAUUGAGUUACAGUAAUGCCAAGGGAUGCCAAGAGUUUGAUGUUGAGGUAUCCAACAAUUAUUUGCUUUUUAAAGAGUUCUGCAAGUCUGGACUAACUCGCCUUGGGUGUAUGUUCUCUGAGGAUAUUGAUCUACUGGAGAUAUGGAAGGAAGCCCAACCUUAUACUGAAUUUAUAGGUCCUUUUUGGGCUCUCCGUGCAGCUCUAGGGCCAUUGGUGGAGAGUUACAUUUUGCUUGAUAGGUUAUUGUUCUUGCAAGAACAAGGAAAUUCUGUGGAAGCGUUUUUGUUCCCUAUUUUUGAUCCUACUUUAUCACCUAGAAACAUAGCAGUAAUUGCUCGAAGAAAGUGAUGCAGACUGGCAUACAAAGGUGCAUACAUCGGACAUUGCGGCGGUCAUUCUAAACUGUUUAGAAUCAUGUGAAGCUCUAGUUGGAUGGAAAUAGAAUGAGUGAACUAAAACAGCAACCUUGCAUGCAAAAGCAAAGUGUGUGUACUGCCAACUCUCUCUGUGUUUGGCCAUUACUGUGCCAUGAAUCCUGUUCGCUAGCAAAUUUAAGGUCAGGAUACCUUCUCAACAAUAUUACUCAUCUUGCAAUGUUUCGGUGCGAUGAAGCAUUAAAUUCAACCUCCGGAGACCGUCGAACUCGUCACCUGAUCAUUGAUGUUUCCUUCCAGAAUCGCCCUUGUCUUAGUUACUUUUUUUAUCUCUAUGUUUUACUGAUUAAACUAUAACAUUCUUCAUUUAGCUGAAUAGAUCAUUUUGCUAUAGAAAAUUACUAUAUUUGCUCCGGAAA